AUGUUGAGUGGCGUGUUUGGUCUGCUAGGAUCUGAUUAUGGAAAAUUUCGCAUCUGUAGGAAAAGUUGGCGUCAGAUUACCACUAAAGACAAGGUUUAUAACGAAUGUGUCAAGCAAAUUUUCCACUUCAAUGAAGACAGUGAAGAAACUAUCAAGAAAAAUAUUUCGAAAAGUAUGAGGAAGUCUUGGAAGGAAACAAGGCUGAGGUUGUAUGACCGUUUUUAUGAUCCAACAUUCAUGACUGAACAAAAUCUUGAGAAUUGCCUGCCGGGAAUUGAUCGAGAGCAUUGGAGAUUGUUCCUUGACUAUCGUGUUGAACCUGAGACGAAGGAGAAGUGCAGGAAAAACGCAGAGAAUCGAUCAAAACAACAAUAUACCCACGCUGGCGGUUCGAAAAGCUUCGCAUGGCGGAUGGAAGAAGAGGUUUUCAGAAAAGAGAAACCGGGUAGAGUACAUGGUGUGGGUUUUGGACCGACUCAUAGUCAACUCUUCGGUCCGAAUUCACAUGCGCCUGGCAACGGAGUCCAACUAGAGGAGACCCAGAGGAAGCUGCUUGAACUGCAGGCAGAGCUGGAUGGCGAGAAGUUGAAGAGGAAGGCGAUGGAGGAUGAGGCAGUAGCAGAGAAGAAAAAGAUGAAGGCGAUGGAGAGUGCUCUGAUUUAUCUUUUUUAA